AAGAAAAAUAAAAUUUAUUACUAUAAAAAUGAAUCAGAAUAUAUUUAUUUUGAUCUAUUCUUUUACUGAUUUUUUUAAAUUUUAUAUAAAUUCAAUAACUUAAUAUAUUUAUGUAGCAUAAUUUGUGAUAAACUAAUAGGAAAAAAAAUAUUUAUUUCUAAUUAUUAAUAAAUUUGCCAAUUAUAAUAUAUUACCAUAUCAUCAAACAUAAAAUUGUACAGUUCAUCAAACAUUGUAUUGUAUACUGUACAAUACAAUAUGAUAUCAUACGCUACAGUCAUUAUACCAUGGUAAACCACCGUCCAAACAAAGUGUAAGCCGGAAAAAUUCAAUCAUUUUGUCGCCCCGGCAGCCAACUGACCAAACGAAGAAGAGAAAACUGCAGCCUUUAAUGCGUGGUUGACUUGAAAUGGUUGCGAUUAUCUUAACUGAAGCAGCUUUAUUUCGAGCUUCACCUUGUACUGAUUUCAAUGGAGUUUUCCCUUCAAAUUACCUCCAUUGCCCUUGUUUUUCUUCAAGAUUUUCACUUUCCCACACACCCUUUUUGGAAAUUUCUCUGGGUAACAAAACGCUGAAGAAGCACAAGAAGAGGAUUUUGAGUUCUGGGGUAGUUUCUUCUGGAUUAACAGAUAGUGGGAUAACCAAAAGCCCUUGUUUUUCAUCAAGAUUUUCACUUUCCCAGACACCCUUUUUGGAAUUUUUUCUGGGAAAGAAAAGGUUGAAGAAGCAGAAGAAGAGGAUUGUAGUUUCUUGUGGCUUAAUAGAUAAUGGGAUAAUUGAUAAAGAAGAGAUUGAAUUUAAGCCUUCAUUUGAUGAGUAUUUGAAAGCCAUGGAGUCUGUUAAAGAAAAGAAACAGAAGGAAAGUGUUAUUAGAAGAAACAAAAGUGAAGAAAAGGGUAAAUUUGGGAAGUCUGAGAAGGAGAAAUGUGUAGAAAGUUCUGAUUUUGUUGAGCCAGUUAAGAAAUAUAAAGGAGUUGAUGGUGGUGGGAAAUUGGAAUUUAGAAUGGUGAAGAAUCAGAAAAGACAGAGCAUAGAUGAGAUGGUGAGCAUGGAAAGAGAGGCUUUUAAGUCAAUGGAUGGUGAAGCUUAUGAUAAGCCAAGAGUUACUAAGGCAGUAAUGGAAGAGAGAAUCCAAAAACUUGCAAAGGGUUUAAAUGGUGCAGACAUUGACAUGCCUGAGUGGAUGUUUUCUCAAAUGAUGCGAAGUGCUCAGAUUAAAUUCUCAGAUCAUUCUAUCUUGAGGAUUAUCCAAAUAUUGGGUAGACUGGGAAAUUGGAAGCGGGUGCUGCAAGUCAUUGAAUGGCUUCGUUCACGUGAACGCUUCAAGUCACACAAGUUAAGAUAUAUUUACACGGCUGCACUGGAUGCAUUGGGGAAGGCAAGGAGGCCAGUGGAAUCACUAAACUUGUUUUAUGCAAUGCAGGAGCACAUAUCAUCAUAUCCAGACCUUGUGGCAUACCGUUGUAUUGCUGUCACUCUUGGACAAGCAGGACAUAUGAAGGAACUAUUUGAUGUCAUCGAUACCAUGCGAUCACCACCCAAAAAGAAGUUCAAGACUAAUAUCAUUGAGAAGUUUGAUCCGCGACUUGAGCCUGAUGUUGUCGUUUAUAACGCUGUGCUAAAUGCCUGUGUUCGCCGUAAAAGCUGGGAGGGUGCCUUUUGGGUACUGCAGCAGCUAAAGCUCCGGGACCAGCAGCCCUCAAUAACAACAUAUGGAUUAGUCAUGGAGGUUAUGUUGGAAUGUGGCAAAUACAAUUUGGUCCAUGACUUUUUCAAGAAAAUGCAGAAGUCAUGUGUUCCCAAUGCUUUAACCUAUAAAGUUCUUGUGAAUACUCUUUGGAAGGAAGGAAAAACAGACGAGGCCUUACUGGCUGUAGAAGACUUGGAACGACGAGGAAUCGUGGGCACUGCCAGUUUGUAUUAUGACCUUGCUCGUUGUCUUUGUAGUGCAGGGAGAUGUGAAGAGGCACUGAAGCAAAUGGGAAAAAUAUGCAAAGUUGCGACCAAGCCUCUAGUGGUGACUUACACUGGUUUAAUUCAAGCAUGUCUGGAUUCUGGUGACAUUCAGAGUGGAGCAUACAUCUUCAACCACAUGCACCAGUUUUGCUCCCCAAAUUUGAUAACUUACAAUAUAAUGCUAAAAGCUUAUCUAGAUGGUGGGAUGUUUGAAGAAGCAAAACAAAUGUUUUUCAAGUUGUUGGAUAAUGGUAACUCUAUUAGCAGUAAAUCAGACAGUAAGGAUAAGGUUUUCCCAGAUAUCUACACAUUCAACUUGAUGUUGGAUGCAUGUGCUGCUGCAAAGAAAUGGGACGAUCUCGAGUUUGCCUACUCACAUAUGCUGAAAUAUGGAUAUCACUUCAAUGCAAAACGUCACAUUCAGAUAGUACUCAACUCCUGCACCGCUGGAAAGGUGGAAUUAUUGGAAGCAACAUGGAAGAACUUGGCUCGGGCUGAUCGGGUUCCGCCAGUGCCACUAGUCAAAGAAAUGUUCCGCGUGCAGCUAGAAAGAGGCGAUAUUGCUGCAGCCCUGGCUUGUGUUGCUGAUUAUCCAUCUGCUGAGUCACAGGCAUUUUCUGUCAAGUUCUGGAUGAAAUUUUUCGUGGAAAAUUCUGAUCAAUUAUCAGAUGGUACUCUUUUCAGAUUGCUACAGGAGGUGAACCAGGUUGUUGCCAGAAAUGACAGCAGAAUACUUAGCAAUCUGAUGGCUUCUUGUAGAGAAUUUUUAAGAACUCGAUCGACAAAACUAGAUAGAAUUCAUAGUGAAACAGCUCUAGUUUGUUAAUUUUGGUACACCCCAAAAGAUUAGAAAAGAAAUCAUCUGAUAUUGUAUAAUCUGUUCUUGUACUAGUGCUCUAUUUGUUUAGAGUUUGGUCAAGUUCAUAACCAACCAUUCUUUAUCUACUAUAUAUGAUUGUGUAGUUCAAUAAGAACUUAUUCGAAAA